UAGUCCUCAAAAAUCUUUUAUCAUUUCAUGUCUCUUGUGCAGUCUCAGUGCCUGUUGAGAAGGUAUUUACGAUGUGAAAAUGUGUAUUUUUAAGCGAACAAUGCUUGCAAUGUUUUAAAAAAAAUAAUUGUAAAAGUAAAUGGUAUCAUAAUUACCAUUUGAUUCAAGCAAAAGCUAUAUUUCUUUUGAAUAAAGGUGCCUUUAUCAAGGAAAUCGUUUGAUAGCUCCAAAAAUUACCAUGCAAGGCGGUUUAUAAACUAAAAUCUGCAGUAGGCUUUAUAGAAACUAUUACCACAAAGAAUUGAGGAUGACAAAUUACGACUUAGACUGUGUGUCAGAAACGUGUUCGGCUGGAACAAUGGCAGUGGUAGGAGAAGAGAUAGAAGAGAGAAAGUUUGAGACGGGAGGGCGCGAUUUCUUACUCACAUUCUUACUGUCAUACGCUGCAGUACCGCUGUAAUGACGGGUGGCGCUGUUGAUUUAGUGGCUGUGAGCGCUCAGGAGCACUAUGCUGAAUGGUUGAAAGAGUGCGUUACGUCAAGCGCUCCCGCGGAAGUAGCGAGGGUUGGAAAAUAGAGGUUAUGCUGCAUCGAGCACAGCGGGUGAAGGAGACGUUUGCCUGUAAAUACAAAUACAGCCAUGAGCUGAGGCUCCCCAAACCUGCCUUUCUCAAUGAUGAACGACAAACUGGUGUUCCUGGGUCUCCUUUAUUUCAUCCAGGGCAUUCCGUAUGGCCUGCAGUCGUCUUUGCUCCCGGUGUACCUGCGUGGUGCCGGCCACUCCCUCACCCGCAUCAGCCUCACCAAAAUCCUCUAUUUCCCCUGGGUGCUCAAGGUACUCUGGGCCCCUCUGGUGGACCGAACUUGUACCAAGCGCUGCUGGUUAGUGGGCACAGUGGCUGGUCUGGCCCUCACGUGUUUGGUGAGCGCUACCAUGUCACCUGAUGUUCAGUACAUGGGGGUAGCGGGCUCCCUGCUCUCUAUGAACAUGCUGGCAUCGGUGCAGGACAUUGCGGCGGACGGGGCGGCUGUGCGGCUGCUCAGGGGUCAGGGGGAGCUGGGUCUAGGAAACACCGUGCAGGUGGUGGGGUAUAAAGCUGGGUCUGUGUUUGCUGGAGGGGGGCUCCUGGCUGUGAUUGAUGUUGCAGGCUGGGGCUGGAUGUUCACACUGCUGGCCUGCGUGUACGGUGGUGUUGCUCUGUUCGUGUGGGGUGCCCCAGUGUUGGAUGGAGAGCCUCCGCGGGGACAGGGAGAAGGGCGGAGAGGGUCAAAGGAUGUGAUGCAGCCAUGGAAGGUGUGGAGGACGCUCUUGUCUGUCCCAGGAACGCCAUGGACAAUGUUCUAUGUUCUCACUUACAAACUAGGAGAACAGGGGGCCAUCACCAUGUUUCCUCUCUUCCUGCUGGACCAUCACAUGACAGCCAGAGAGCUCGGGGUGUGGAACGGGGUGGUUGCCAUGGCAUUUUCCAUCUGCGGCUCAUCAAUCGGGGGCUUCUUGCUCUCUCAGUACAGUAUUGGCUUGCUGAUGAGACGUGUGUUUAUGAUGCGGACUGUCAGCAUGGUCUUCCAGAGCUCACUUCUCGUAGUGCUGGAGCCCUCGGCCUUGAUGAAAGGUAUGGCAGUGCUGAGUCUGAGUUUGCAGCAUUUCAUAGCUGGUCUCAUCACCACUCUGACUUUCACCACAAUGAUGAACUGCACACAGAGAGCUGAGGAGAGCAUACAGGCCACCCACUACAGUUUUCUGGCCACUCUGGAGGUCCUGGGGAAACUGAGUUUUAGUGCCCUGGCUGGAGGUAUGGUGGACACUGUGGGCUUUCCCAUAGCCUUCAUCCUUUUCCUCUUCCUCACCUCCAGCAGUGCCCUGCACGUGUGGAGGGCCACAGAGACUGGCAUCCUGAAGGAGCAGCUCAAAGAGCAGCCACAGUGACCAGAGUUAUGAGAGAGAGAGUGCUCUAUGUUAUACUUUGCAUAAGAUAUUGGUGACCAAAUAGCCAGUGAAAUUAAUAUGUUGUUUUUAUUUGUAUUUAUU